CGGGCGGCGGCGGCCGCGCUCUUCUUCCUGCUUCCCGCGCGCUCGGCUCCCCGUCCCGCGGGCGCGUUCGUGGGGCGCGGCAGACGCCGGGAGGUGAGGACCUGGGCCGUCCGCGGAAAGCAUGCCUCAGACGCCUCCCUUCUCAGCAAUGUUUGACAGCAGCGGCUACAACCGGAACCUCUAUCAGUCCGCAGAGGACAGCUGUGGGGGGUUGUAUUACCAUGACAACAACCUUCUCUCCGGAUCCCUGGAAGCGCUCAUCCAGCACUUGGUCCCUAACGUGGAUUACUAUCCGGAUAGAACGUACAUAUUUACCUUCCUGCUCAGCUCUCGGCUGUUCAUGCAUCCGUACGAGCUGAUGGCCAAAGUUUGUCACUUGUGUGUAGAGCACCAGAGACUAAGUGAUCCUGAAGGUGAUAAGAACCAGAUAAGAAAAAUUGCACCCAAAAUCCUUCAGCUCCUGACGGAAUGGACAGAAACAUUCCCUUAUGAUUUUCGGGAUGAAAGAAUGAUGAGAAACUUAAAAGAUCUGGCUCACCGAAUAGCCAGCGGCGAGGAGCAGACGUACCGGAAGAACGUGCAGCAGAUGAUGCAGUGUCUGAUCCGCAAACUCGCCGCCCUCAGCCAGUAUGAGGAGGUGCUGGCAAAGGUCGGCUCCACGUCCGCGGACCGGCUCACGGUGCUCAAGACCAAGCCGCAGUCCUUACAGAGGGACGUCACCACCGUCUGCAGCGACCCCUACACGCUGGCCCAGCAGCUGACCCACAUAGAGCUGGAGCGGCUCAACUACAUCGGGCCAGAGGAGUUCGUCCAGGCGUUCGUGCAGAAGGACCCUUUGGACAAUGACAAGAGUUGCUACACGGAACGUAAGAAAACACGGAAUCUGGAAGCUUACGUGGAAUGGUUCAAUCGCCUCAGCUACUUGGUAGCUACAGAAAUCUGCAUGCCGGUCAAGAAGAAACACCGAGCGAGGAUGAUCGAGUAUUUCAUCGACGUCGCCCGGGAGUGUUUUAACAUCGGCAACUUCAAUUCCCUGAUGGCCAUAAUCUCUGGCAUGAACAUGAGCCCCGUCUCCCGGCUAAAAAAAACUUGGGCCAAAGUAAAGACCGCGAAGUUUGACGUUCUUGAGCAUCAGAUGGACCCUUCCAGCAACUUCUAUAAUUACCGAACAGCUCUCCGCGGGGCAGCACAACGGUCUCUAACCGCCCACAGCAGCAGAGAAAAGAUCGUGAUACCCUUCUUCAGUCUCUUAAUCAAAGAUAUUUAUUUCCUCAACGAGGGCUGUGCCAACCGCCUCCCAAAUGGCCAUGUCAAUUUCGAGAAAUUCUGGGAACUGGCCAAGCAAGUGAGUGAGUUCAUGACGUGGAAGCAGGUGGAGUGUCCGUUCGAGAGGGACCGGAAGAUCUUGCAGUAUCUGCUCACGGUGCCGGUCUUCAGUGAAGACGCUCUCUACCUGGCUUCUUACGAGAGCGAAGGACCCGAGAAUCACGUAGAGAAAGACAGAUGGAAGUCUUUGAGGUCAAGCCUCUUGGGCAGAGUUUAGCGUGUGGGAUGUGAUCGCUGCCGCCCCCGCCCCACCGCACACCAUCGAGGAGCUGGCCCUUGUUUUCUGGCAUCUAGGACUAGGACAAAUCACGGAGACCCCGCAGUCACCGGAGGGCCCCCGGCCGGCUACGCGAGCAGCUCGCUCAGGAGCAGAUGGGAACUCGAGUCCCACGGCCGAAGGACUGACUGAGACUUCGUGAGGCUGAAAUGGUCACUGAAGCCCACGGGAGACAGAAGCCUCUGACAGUCCCGGCCCUGCACAUGACUCAUCCCCUGGCAUUUCCGCGUGAAUCACAGCUCUGCACCUGGAUGGAGUUUUCUUUUGCGUGUGUGUUUUUGUUAUCUGGUUGAACAUUUGCUGCUAAUGGGACUUGCCCAGCUUGGAGCCCUGGCUCUUCGGAAGCCCAUGUUUUCUUUGUUAACUUAAAUGAAAAAGGGAGAGGGGGGAGGGGGUCUAAAACCCUCCACGUGGAUCCCAAACCGCAGCUCGGUGUCGCCAGGGAGGGUGAGGCUGGCUGGACGCUGAGCGUGGACUUUGUUUCCCUGUAGCACGUGCUGUGUUGUAAACGCCUCUCCCCCCUCUUCCUGCAAGGUCUUGAGUUGGCUGCUGGUUAGCAAACUCCUUUUUACCCAAAUAAGUUAUUUAAUAUAAUAAUGAAGCUCAACACUGUGGUAGGAAAAUAGCCACUAGGGGGAAAAAAAAAAACAAAAAAAGCAGAGUUUGUCCUUGGACUGCUGAACGUGCUAGAAGGACUUUUUCCCUGCCCUUCUAAGCUGUUUACAACUGACCACUGUGUGUUCUACAGAUGUAUUUUUCAGUAGUUUUUUGUUAUUUAGUUUUCCACGAAGCCUAUUUUUUUUUUUCCCCCCUCUUGUAAAUUUAAAUGAUCUGACUUUCAGGGUCUUGGGGAUAAACCCAGGGCAUAAUUACAGUUUGAUUUUUUUUUUUUUAACCGACUGUUAUUUUUCAUUCCUUUUCGGAGUCUGUUGGGGACUAAACAUGUCAACAAAGAAUCAAUUGGCGACGUGACCACCCACCCUCCACGACAGCAGUGAACGGAACACAUGAAAACACCUCCCUGUUCACGGUUGAUCUAACUGUGAAAUAGUCCAGCUUGUUAAACAUCUGAAUAAGCCUGUCGUCGCUCUGCAAACAGCCAGUGUAUUUAUUCACUCUAGGAGAAACUGUAGAGUAGACAUCCAUGCUAAUGGAAAAAAAAAAACAAGAACAAAACACUAUGUUCAAAACAGAGAUGUAUUUGAAAACUUACUUGGUUCCAAAAAGCAGAGCACGUGUGUGUGCUACACGCUGUCUCAGCAGACCCGAAGUGUCUCCAAGCUGUCCCUUUACGAUCAUCAAUAUAUUCCACACUUUGUGGCCAGGA